AUGAGCAGUCCAAAGUCCAAAGUGUCCUCUUCGGCCUCUAGCCCCAGGCCAAAUGUGCCUGCAACAUCCAUUCCCAUUGUAGUUGAUCCCCAUCUUGAAGACAUAGAUGAUGUAGAUGAUGGAGCCUCGGAAAUCAGUGAAUUCGAAUCAACCGCCUCCCUAUCUGAGAGUAUCCGUGACUUUCGCAGCAUCCAUGGCCGUACCUAUGGUAACUCUAAGACCACAGAGUAUUGGGCCCCAAACGAUGAGCAGCAAAAUAUUGGGCUGGAUAUAACGCACCACUAUUUGCUCCUCUUCUUCGACAAUAAAUUAUUCCAUGCGCCUAUCGGCGACAACCCUCAGUCUGUGUUAGAUGUGGGGACUGGCACCGGUAUAUGGGCCAUUGACUUUGCUGAUCAAUUCCCGUCCGCCCGUAUCAUUGGCACCGACAUCUCUCCCAUCCAGCCAGGGUGGGUACCGCCUAACUGUGAAUUUCAUAUUGACGACGUCCAUCUUGAUUGGACCUGGCCUUCGGACCAUUUCGACUACAUCCACAUCCGCGAUCUUUACGGUAGCAUCGACGACUGGUCUGCCCUUUAUAAAAAAGCUUUUCAUCACCUCAAGCCUGGCGGCUGGUUUGAAGAUCUGGAACUUGAUAUUCGUGCACACUCAGAUGUACUCACAGACCCUGACCACAUCGUUCACCGCUGGAAUGCGGUCUUCCAAGAGGCCGGUGAAAAGACGGGUAAGACAUUUAAAAUCGCAAUUGGCUCACGCAUGGGAGAUUUAAUGCAUGAAGCUGGUUUCGUCGAUAUCACUGAGCGCAGGUUUCGACUUCCAAUUGGUGCCUGGAGUCUAGAUCCUAAGCUUAAAGAAGUUGGGCACUUCGUAUUUGCAUUCGUAGAUGGUGGUAUCGAGGGCUUUGGGCUCUACUUACUCUCACAAGUCAUGGGCUGGAAAUACGAGGAGUGUCAGUUGUUUAUUGCACAGAUGAGGCACGCUGUGAAAAACAAGAAACACAACCUAUACUAUGAGAUGACUCUAGUGUAUGGGAGAAAACCGGAGGCCUAA